AUGAAUUUUUUGUCAGUUAAUUUAAGGGGGGUCAGGGACCAAAGGAAAAUAGACUGGAUUAGAGGAUUGAAAACAUCUCAUGGGGCUCAGUUCUUAGCAAUUCAGGAAACGAAAUUGGGGGGUAUGUCACAGUUUUUAGUUGGAAAAUUUUGGGGAAGGUCACGGUUUGAGUCGGCUUCGGUAGAUGUUGUUGGUAGGUCAGGAGGCCUGAUUAGUAUGUGGGAUCCUUAUGUAUUCGAAUGUACUGAGGUUAUAAAAGGGCAAAGGUUUGUUGUGGUACAAGGUAACUUGAAACACACGGGGGAAGUACUGAAUAUAGCAAAUAUUUAUGCGUACAACGAUCCGAUUGAAAGAAGAGCUUUAUGGGAAGAACUGGUUAUACUCAAGCAGUCACUACAGGGUAUGUGGGUGUUCGGUGGGGAUUUCAAUGAUGUCAGGGAACCUGGGGAACGGUUUAACUCAGAAUUUGUAGCGUUAAAUGCAGCCUUUUUUAAUUGGUUUAUUGAAACAGCAGACCUGAUGGAAUUUCAAAUGGGUGGACGUAAGUACACUUAUCAUUUGGAUAACGGGGUCCAUAAAAGUAAGCUAGACCGGUACUUGGUGUGUAGGGAUUUUUAUAAUAAAUGGUCGGGAGCUUCGGUUGUAACGUUGUCUAACAUGGUUUCGGAUCACUGUCCAAUCCUAAUGUCUGUUGUACCACAAGACUUUGGGCUGAUCCCAACUAGGAUUUUUAACUCCUGGUUAGUCAUGCCCGGUAUCAUGGAGUUCGUUAAACAGUCCCUGGAAAGUUUCUCGUUCCAUGGGGCGGCAGAUUUGGGCCUUGCGGUUAAGCUUAAAUGGAUUAAAUUCAAGUUAAAGGAAAGGGUUAAGAGUGUUAAGGCAGAAAAGGAGUUGGUAUACAAUGAAAAAAUGGCAAUGUUGGAAAAUUUGGAAUUACAAGCAGAGGAGCGGACCCUUUCGUCAAGUGAGUUGGAGAAUAGGGCCGAGUGUAAAAAGUUUAUUAUGGAGAUGGAUCGGGUGAAAGUGAUGGAUAUGAAGCAAAGGUCCAGAGUAAAGUGGGCCGUAGAUGGAGAUGAGAACACGGCUUUCUUUCAUAAUAUUCUAAACGCGAAUCAAAGCUCCAGUCGAAUUAAUGGGCUCAUGACUAACGGGAUAUGGGUGACCGAUCCGCCGUUGAUCAAGGAUUCUAUAUAUUCAUUUUUUGCACAAAAAUUCCUAGAGCCGGCUUCGACUAGGCCAGGGCUGAAGUGCCCGUUCCUAAAACAGAUUUCAGCUGCGGAUGGGGAGAUGUUGGCAGCCCCGUUCUGA